GUUAAACUGCACUAAAGUUACCCUUGAGAAAAAUAUAACUUAAAUUGACUUAGAAAAAGUAGUUCACUACGUCCAAACUACUUCAUGAAAGAUUAUCACAUCUAAAUCUGAAAUGUCAUAGACUAAAAAUUGCAUGAACAGAUCACCCUGUGACCAGAUGUAAACAGAAUGUGUAAAUUAGCCUAUUAAACACCAAGCUACUGCUACAUGUAAUGAAAUUACUAGUUGAACUAAAUGUAGGUCAUUACUCCCUGCCUAACAUUGUUAAUUAGUAUUAAGCAUAUUGUUAUUACUAUGUUAUUACAACGUAAAAUGGAACCACGUCUAUGCUAGAAAAUUGGAACCGUCUUCUCAUCUUUUUAAAUCUAGAACUAAUUUGGCGCUUUAUAGUUGCUUUCCGGAAGGUUUUCAUAGUCACACACCAUCAGAAAACUGUCAUGGCGUCUGGAUACAUUGUAAAUCGUGGUGUGCUAACAUUUGGAAUUCACUAUCAACAUGUUUGUAGAAAUGUACUCCUUACACAGACCCGAGAGAAGAAGCGAUGGAUGAAAGCAUAUACUCUUUUGAUGGAAAGAAAGUUGAAGAUAGAUGGGCCUCCACCACCUAAGCCACGUGCUCAAAAACCUAACUGGGACUACCAUGCAGAAGUCCAGGCAUUCAGCAGCCGCCUUAAAGAAAGUUUCUCCCCGGAGCUCCUGAAGACAGCCUUCGUGAACCCCUGUUACAUUCAGUCAGAGCAAGAGAGGAGGCAGGCACUCGGUGUGGACUCUGAAAUGGCUGCUCUGGUCCUGGGGGACAACAUUCAGCUACACAGACAGGGCUUGGAGUUCACCAAGAGCUUCUUGUCUGACUGGUGCAGGGCCAGCUUCCCUAGCCUGCCCAGCAUGGGAGUGGUCGCCAUUGUCACGCACCUGACCAGUCAUCCAGUCGUGUGCCAUGUGGCGCGGAACCUCGCCAUCGAGGACCUAACUAUGAGCGCUCAAUUCCCGGUCCCUGACGAGAUAUUGCACAGUACGUUCCUCGCUGUGAUCGGAGCACUCCAGGAGAGCAGUGGAGCUGAAAGAGCAGGACUUUUCCUUCGGGAUUUCCUGGUCACUCAGCUGGUAGGGAAAGACCUGUUUGAGAUGUGGUCGGUGGUAAACCCAAUGGGGCUGCUGGUGGAGGAGCUGUCCAAGAGGAACAUGGCCCUCCCAGAGCCUCGCCUCAUCAGGUCGGCCGGUGCCAGCACUGUGCUCCCACUCUACUUUGUAGGGCUGUACAGUGAUAAGAAGCUCCUUGCCGAGGCUCCAGGGGAGACCAUUCUGGCUGCGGAGGAGGAGGCGGCACGCGUGGCCCUGAGGAAACUCUAUGGCUACACUGAGAACCGGAGACCCUGUGACUUCUCUGCAGCGGAGCAGCCUCGGGCUCCUGGCCUCCAAUCCUUCAGCAGCAGCUAAAGGACAUCACCCCAAGCACUACAAUGUCUUCCAUCAGUUGAUGACAGCUCUUGACACACCAGAGUGUCAAAGUCAAGUGGUUCCCUUAGCCUAUCAGGACCAACCUCUGACAAACUCAUACCUACAGACAUAGGAAUAAACUAUGUGGUCUCCAAACUAUGUGGUCUCCUCAGCCUUGCAGUUAGAGGACUGUCCUUGUGCAAAAUAUUGUGUUUAUUUGUGUAAUAUAUUAUUGAUCUAAAAGAAAUGUUUCAUGUCCAUAAUAAAUCUGUAUCCCUGA